AUGGCCUGGGGAGCCCCAUGCCUCCUUCUGCCACCUGUCCUGCUGGUGUUCCUGGCCUCAGGUUCCCAGGGACAGCAAGUUGUGUCUGAGGAGCUCCAUGACGUGGUGGGGCAGACACUCUCCGUGCGAUGCCAGUACUCUCCUGAGGGAGGAUCCUACAGGCAGAAAACCUGGUGUCGGCAGACAUCUCCAAAUCUCUGUACCAGGUUAGUCACCAGCUCUGCGCCCCGAACAGUAACUCAGAAUUCUCGAUAUGCGAUCUGGGACGUGCCAGAUGCUGGUUUCUUCAACAUCAGCAUGGCUCAGCUGACUGAGAACGACUCUGGGCCCUACUGGUGUGGACCCUACAACUCUUCCAGAAACACCAUCACUAUUCUCAGAAACAUCAGCCUGCUGGUGUCUCCAGCCCUGACCCCUUCUCCUAUGUGGACCACCACCUGGCCCUUGGGAAGUACAGUUCGGAUCACUUCUCCAGAGGGGACCUCUGGUCCACCUUCCCUCAAUGGAUCUGAACUCAGGUAG